AUGGGUUCCUUGUCUGGAUUCUUCCAGCGGCCGAUAGUAGCAGCAGCCGCCGUCGCCGUUGCAUCUGUUUCCACCGACAUCUCCGACAGACUGCCUUCUCUGAAACCAACCCACGAUUCCUCUGCUGCAUCUCAUUCCUCACUGCUUCCGGAUUCCAGCUUCUCGUGGGCUUCUUCUCGCGCAUCCGUCUCCAAGCUAGCUGAUUUCAACUUCGUUAGCAGAAUUCGUGUUCCAAUCCCUAAUGCCAACCUCCUCGCCAAUGUGUCCACCCAAGUGUUACCUCCCAUCAAUGCAGCCACAUCAGCAGCUUCUUCGGUCGCUGGCUCGCCUCUCCUGGCUGAUGUGUACAACUCCGCGCAGCUGGCAAAAGGACCUACGCAUUCUGCGCCUCUGAUCACUCUGGCUUCUUCAACCCCGGAUGUUCUGUACAGGUGGCACCUGCCAAACCCUAAUGCCAUUUAUGUCAAUGGCUCGUCUGAUUGCUCGUCGGCGAAGUCUAGGACUGUUGUAGUUUUGCUGGGAUGGUUGGGAUCCAAGCAGAGGCAUCUGAAGAAGUAUGCUGAGUGGUAUACCUCAAUGGGAUUCCAUGCCAUUACAUUCACUUUCCCCAUGGCUGAGGUUCUCAGCUAUCAGGUCGGGGGCAAAGCUGAGCAGGAUGUGGAACUGCUCGUGAACCAUCUUGCCGAUUGGUUAGACGAUGAGCCAGGGAAGAAGAACGUGGUUUUCCACACCUUCAGUAAUACUGGAUGGUUGACGUACGGAGUUAUAUUGGAGAAGUUUCGAGAGCAAGAUCCUAGCUUAGUGGAAAGGAUUAAGGCAUGUGUUGUGGAUUCUGCACCAGUUGCAGCUCCUGACCCACAGGUCUGGGCUUCGGGAUUCUGUGCUGCAUUUCUGAAGAAGAAUAGUGUGGCUACGAAAGGACAUGCUAUUUCGAAUGUGGAGCUUAGAGUUGGCAGUGCAAAAUCGCUCAACCAGCCACCAAAGCCUGCACUAACUGAAGUAGCUCUGCAAGUGGUUCUGGAGAAGUUCUUUGGUGUUGUGCUGAAUCUUCCUACAGUGAACAAGAGACUCUCUGAUAUACUGAGCGUGCUAUCUUCGGACCAACCAAGGUGUCCACAGCUAUACAUUUACAGCUCGGCCGACAGAGUGAUCCCUGCUGGAUCAGUGGAAUCGUUCAUAGAGAAGCAGAAGAAGGCUGGGCACGAGGUUAGGGCGUGCAACUUUGUGUCGACGCCUCAUGUUGAUCAUUUCAGGAGUGACCCCAAAUUGUAUACUGGUCAGCUCACCCACUUCAUCGACGAUUGUGUGAUUAGAUGCUGCAACCAUUCUUGAUUGAUCUAUGAUUAACAUGUUAAAUGAAGGGAGGGCAAGAGGAUAAUAAGAUCCCUUCCCUAUCUCUCAAAUUCAUUUUUUGUUUCUAAACUAGGUAUACUUGUACAAGGGGUUACUACAUACAUAGCAAAAUGCUGUGUUCAGAUGAUGGGGGUGAAUUCAUGCUGCAAACGAAAACUGCAGUGCAUCUGGUGUUGGUUCUACGUUGUUAUUUUCAUACUAGACCACAAUAUUUAAUUUAUUAACAUUUUUGUGUCUUAUAUAAUUUCCUGUAAAUUUCUCUAUUGUUCGAACACUAUGAUCGAAUUUCACUUGUGCUUCGCUUGGAGCUUACUUUCGAGCCAAUUGUGUUUCAAACAUUCGAAAAAUUACUAAUGACUGUAAAAU